AUGAUAUAUGCCAAGUCGGUACGCAGCAAGAAACUGUUCUUCUCUCCUCUAAGGCUCUGUCAGUAUGAGAGGCGUACGGGUUAUCACUGGUUCCUCCAGGUAGCCAGUGGGAAAGCCGAGUCCAGGCUUUUCAGUGAGAUCUCCCUUGGCCUCUCCCAGGGGAAGGCAGACUCCAGCAUGGCUCUCACUGAACCUGGCACGGUGGGAGCUGCAGCAGCAUUGGUGCCCAUACCUGACCUGACUAGGCCCAUUGAACUGGGCCUUCGCCAGUGGUGGAAGACAAGAAUUAUUCCAGGGUUUAUGUGUCAGAGUGGUGACUUCACACACCACAGUGGCACUGGUGGCAAGUUCAUCUGCAGGGACAAAUCUGAUGAUGAGAACCUCAUCCUGAAGCAUACAGGUCCUGGCAUCUUGUCCAUGACAAAUGCUGGACCCAACGCAAAUGAUUCCCGGUUUUUCAUCUGCACUGCCAAGACUGAGUGGCUGGAUGGCAGCUACCAGACCAUUCCUUUUGCAGCUCAGGAGAGCACCCUUCUACCCUAUUUGCUCUCAAAACAGAAGUCUAGUCGAAGUAUUACUGUUUACUAUGAUGAGGAUUCAGGCCACUUUUGCAUCAGUCACCUACUGCUUCUAGUCAGUACCCAUUCUAAAUGGAUAGAGGAACCUGCUGGCCAUGACAUUGCUCUCCUUUUGACACUAACAUCACCAGACCUGGAGGGUACCUGGGACACCAGAGACAAGGAUGGCUUCGAAGCCCAGGAAGGGCCGCCUCUGACUGUACCUGAAUUUCCUCUGUGUGCACUGUACCCGAUCUACGGAGUCUGUGGCUCUUUCAGCUCCUUCGUCAUCAUCUGCUGCAGUCCUUGUGCGCUGGAGACCCUCAAAUCAUCCCAACAUGAUUCCUUGGAGAUAGCUGAACAGUCCCUCAAACUCAUACCCCUGGUGUCUGGGAAAAAGGGAACCCACAGGGAUGGAUGUUGGCUCCCCACAGGCCAGGAAGCUGGAGAGAAGCCCCUGGCUGCUGGACCCCGGGAGGAGGAACUGCUCCGGGGCUCAGCCCCUCAUGCUCAGGACACUCAGAGUGAGGAACUGCCACCCUCCUGCACCAUCUCAGGAGAGAAAAAGCUGCCAGCAAUCUCUGGAGAAGCCACUGGAGCUGAUGCUGGGAGACUGUGCCCGCCCCCCCGCUCCAGGGCUCUCCACAAAGACAGAACUGUAGCCCGCUCCAGGCCCCAGGCGCAGGUGGAGGAUUGCUCCCUCCCAGUGGGAGAGGUGAAGACAGGAAAGAGGUCCUAUUCUCCAGCCCCCGGGAAGCAGAAAAAGCCCAACACCACGGGACUGGCCCCAACAUCAUCUCCUGGUGCCCCUAACUCAGCCCGUGCCACACACAACCCAGUGCCCUGUGGGUCAGGCCGGGGGCCCUGCCACCUGGCCAACCUCCUCAGUACAUUGGCACAGAGCAACCAAAACAGAGACCAGAAGCAGGGGCCCCCGGAAGUGACUUGCCAACUUAAGAAAAAGACACGAACCUUAUACCGCUCAGAUCAGCUGGAGGAGCUAGAGAGGAUAUUCCAAGAAGACCACUAUCCUGACAGUGAUAAACGCCGGGAGAUUGCCCAGGCGGUGGGGGUGACUCCCCAGCGCAUCAUGGUAAAGGGGGCCAGCUCCCUGGUGGCAGGGUGGAUUGGUGGAGGGCCCACCAUUGAAACUCUUGAAUUGCAGAGUGAGUGCUUAGUGGCAGCCUGGGUGUGGUUCCAGAAUCGCCGGGCCAAGUGGCGAAAAAUGGAGAAACUGAAUGGAAAAGAAAACAAGGACAAUGCUGCAGCCCCUGGCCCUGCCAGCAGUCAAUGCAGCUCUGCAGCUGAGCUCCCACCUGCUGUGCCCAUGGAGCCAAAGCCCGACCCUUUCCCUCAGGAGUCCCCUCUGGAUACCUUUCCAGAGCCCCCCAUGCUGCUGACUUCUGACCAGACUUUGGCCCCCACCCAACCCAGUGAGGGUGCUCAGAGGGUGGUGACCCCCCCACUCUUCAGCCCCCCACCUGUGCGAAGGGCCGACCUUCCUUUCCCCCUUGGCCCUGUCCACACCCCCCAACUGAUGCCACUGCUGAUGGACAUUGCUGGCAGUGACAGCAGCCACAAGGAUGGCCCCUGUGGGUCCUGGGGGACAAGCAUCACCCUGCCACCCCCCUGUUCAUAUUUGGAAGAGCUGGAGCCCCAGGAUUACCAACAGAGCAACCAGCCGGGACCCUUCCAGUUCUCCCAGGCUCCACAGCCCCCGCUUUUCCAGUCCCCUCAGCCCAAGUUUCCCUACCUCCCCACUUUCCCCUUCUCCAUGCCCAGUUCGCUGACACUUCCACCGCCCGAAGACUCUCUGUUUACGUUUCCCUGUGGCCCCAGCGGGGGCACGUCGCAGGGCUAUUGCCCAGGUGCCUCCUCAGGGCAGAUCCUGAUGCAGCCCCCUGCUGGGAAUAUGGGCACAGCCUCCUGGAGUGACCCCUGUUUGCCAGAGCUGCCCUUCCCUGGUCCGUUCUGCCCGCAAGCUCCGGGACAUCCCCCAGGAGGGGAUGGCUACUUUCCUGAUCUAUUUCCAACUCCCUGCACCCAGGCUCUGGGCAGGCAGCCUUCGUCAGCUCUCUCCUGGCUGCCUGAAGGGGCCAGACCAGGGACUGGGCCCUUACUCAGCAAGGCAAAAGAGGAACCGCCAACUGCUUCCCUGGAUCAGCCCUCAGCUCUGGAGGAGGCCAGAGGGGAUGACAAGAAUAGCCAUGUCCCUUAGUUGGGGGGUCAAAGAGUGAAAAGAGGCUGCUUGGUGGGACAGAAUUAGGCCCGCUGAGAGGACAGGGGUUGGAGGUUUGGGAAAGAGUGUGGACUCUGUAGACUGAGGGGAGAGUCAGAUGUUUCCCCUGUGUAGGCUCGUCUUGCUGAUACGAGAAGGAAGAAAGAGGGCUGGCCCUUCCCUUUUCUUCACACUCCGUGUGGGGGUCCUGAAGGAAGCAGGUGGCCUGUGUUACUUCUGAAUGUUGUAUCAGGUGUUUUUGUUUGUUUCCUACCCUUGCUUGACAAAUGAGCUGGAGUGUCCACCGUAAGCAGUAAACUAGUCUGUCCUGGGGUUUUC